AUGGAUGGCUCAAGACCCGGAGAAGCAGGCGUCAUCACCUGGUGCAACUCCCUUCGCCUCACAAUGGCCAAAGAUUCCGGCCGCCAGUUCUUGCACGAACAGAUUCAAACCGAAGGGUUUGAUUUCCUCGACAUGUACCUUGAGAACUUCCUUGACGGCCCACGCAAAGAACCCGUCCUCGAGCUCCUCAAGACUCCCGGCCGCAAGAAGAAAGCGCCUACUACAACUCGCUCGGCCGUCGCUGCCGCUAGCAAAGUCCAGGCAGUAGUGUCAUUACCGCUCGAAGACGGCGACGCCAAGGAGAAUCACGGUCCCAUAAACGACUUCCAUAAGGCUCUGCUACAAGUUAAAGAUACGAAAGGCAAACCCAAGGAUGUUCGAGAUUCAGAGACCUCCCGGCAGCCGUCCGAAGAGCGGCCUCGUCCAAAGCCACCGGCCAUCCUCGCUAAGCUGAAAACCCAGAGGGUCGUUACGGUCGCCGACAGCCCAGCCCCGGAACCUGCAGUUGAGAUUCGCGACACGCGGCCACCUCUGCCUUCUCUCCCGUUGGAGGAGCCGUCUCCCGUUCACCCUCCCGUUCACCAGGCCGCGAAGGAAGAUACAGCGAUGGAACAGGUGCAGCAAAUGGCGAAGGAGCUUUCGAUGAUUGAAGAGGACGAUGAGCUAGCCGAACGAAGUCGUGCGUCUUUUACUGUCCCGCCCCCAGCCCCGUCAAGAGACCCAAAUCCCACCCCCGACGCUAUGGGUAUACUUCAGCCUCAAAAUACGAUUGAUCCUCCGUCGCCGGACGUUAUGAUGGAAGACGAGCUCGAUAUUGCGCCAAGCCCAGAACCAGAACUUCAGCCGGCAGAUACCACAGCAGCAUCAGCGCAUUCAUUCCACGACGUGCCUCUUAGCCCUCAAGUCCCUCAGUCUCAGUCUACGUCGGCUCAUACUGCUGAAUUUCACACUGCACCUCUCCCUCGCGUGUCGAUACCCCCCGUUCCUGUGGAAGAGGAGCAAUAUUCACAUACUGCACCUCUCCCUGCCACGUUUUCCACCGUUCACGAAGAAUUCACCGUGCCUCUUCGUGACGAGCCCUCCGCUCCCGUACCAGGCCUCUCCAGAAAGCCUAGCUUGGCUCACUUCACGGGUCUUCCAGCACCAUCCCCUUUACGCAAAUCUUUGCGACCAGUCGGCGAUACAGCGACUGUGCCCACCGCUCAAGCUGCUGCUCCCGCGGCUCUCGGGAAACGCAGUUCGACGUCAUGGCUUUCGAAGGCGCGAGAAACGAAGGCUCUCGAGAUCACUAACAAGCGCUCAAGUACCUUCGGUGCGGCGAAGCGGAAGAGCGGCGAGAUGUUGGACGCCGCGCACGCGGUUCUCAGGUCACUGGAGGAGGAAGAAAGGGCUCCGAAGACACGGAGGCUAUCGAAGUCUCCUGAGGAAGCGGACGAUGAGCAAUCCGGGAAAUCGCAGGAAGCAAGCUCGUCACGGUCGACAGCACCGCCUGUCGAGGCACAUGCGGACGAGAACGACACGGACGUCUUCACGAUGCUCUUCAAGAAGAAACCCGAGCCGAGGCCGGGCAAGAGCAUGGGGAAGUCCCUCGGAGGGAUUGCCGCCGCCGCGUUGGCUGAAGCGCGAGCAGCAGCAGAGGUACGCGUGGCAGAGCGACACAAGAUCGAACUGGGGGUGUCGAACAAGUCCGAAGACGCUGCGAUGGACCCGGAAGAGUCGAGCCGCAGGCUGAGUGUGUCCGACCUCGUGCCAACGUCGCAAGGCAAAGGAAAGGAGAAGAGCAAGGACGUCCCGGUGUUCUCCUUGCCUACGCCUGCUGCCGUUGCCGCCGACACCAGCUCGUCCACGACUCCGCCCACGUCCCCGCCCCCCUCGCGCAACAACACCUUCAUCGCGCCCAGCGGCCCCGUGUUCUCCAAGCCGCCGGCCGCGAGCACGGUGCGCAAGGACGCGCCGCCCGGGCCCCCGCGCGACUUCAAGCUGCCGACCACAAACCCAUUUUCGAUCCCGGCCGCGAUGGCGCUCGGGAUGGGCACCAAGUUCCAGCCACUCUCCGCGCAGAGCAGCAAGGCGAGCAUCUUCUCCGACGUCGUCUUCGACCGCCAGGACAACUCUCCCGGCUGGCUGCCGUCGACCCAGGACACGUCCUACUCGGCCGCUCAGUCGCAGUCGCAGUCGCAGGGCAAGACGGGCGCGGACGAGCACGACGAGCUCGGCGACGACGACAGCUGGGGCAUGGACGAGAAGUUCGGGCCGCAGCACCAGUGGACGCCGUACGGGUUCACGAGCGCGAACCCGGACGGGAAGGACGACUCGAUGACGUGGAGCACGCUCCCGAGCCAGAGCACGGGCCGGAAGGGCGGGGACACGACCGGGUACCAGCCGACCCAGCCGUUCUUCACGACGUCGCUUCCACGGACACAGGAAGAGGAGGAACAACAGGGAGAGGAAGAUCGGGAGCGCGGGUUUGCGGAGCGUCUUGCGGACGCUGCGCGGGAGGAAUCUCAGAGAGAAGAGGAAGCCAUGGAGGAGGCGGACGUGGCUAUGGAGAUGACGACGAUGAGCCGGAGCGGACAGACCGGGGGAAGAGCUGGCUGCAAACCUACUGUCAAGCUCGUUCAGCAGGCUUCGAGGAGCGACAGCCAACAGUCCAUGGCUUCGAUGACGUCGUCAGCGUCGUCAAGUCAGGACCUCGGUUUCUUUGGCCAGGCCAGCAAGCUGGUCAGCAGCGUGCUUGGUGGUGGCAAGAAGGUUAAGCCCGAGGUGAAGAGCCUCCAGCUGGCUGCCGCCGCUGCGAAGAGACAGCAGGAGGAGCAAGAUAAGAAGACCACUCGUCUCAAGGAGAUGGAGAACCGCCGUCAGCAAGCCAUGCAGCGCAAGGCGGACGAGGAGAAGGCCCGUGCUCAGGAAGAGGAGCGGAAGAUCAAGGAGGACGCCGAGCGUCGCAAGCGCGAACGUGAAGAGCACACGGACAAGCGCCCCAUCAGGCCUGCGACCUCCAUGUCGAAGAGGUCGGAGGACGACACUAUGAAGCGCAAGCUCAAUGCGCCCGCGGCGCAGAAGCCUCCCUCAAAGGAGAAGAAAGAAGUGGUGCCUCCGCGUCAAACUAAACCUCCUUCCACCGCCGCAGCGAAAUCCGCACUCAAACCCGCACUCAAGCAGCCCGCGGCCGGUCCUUCUUCCAACCCCGUCACUCCUGGCGCACCAAAGACGGCUGCCACGAAGACCGUGAGACACGUCCCUUCUGCCAACAACCUCAAGGCCGCCGCCGCGCCCGCGACAGGGAAAGGCAAGGCGAAGGAGCCCGCUCCCGCCGCCGGCCCGAGCCGCCCGACGGCCCCAGCAGCAGCCGCGCCGGGGCCCCCGCGCGUGGCGAGCGAGACGAUUGAGCUGCCGGACAUCAACAGCGAGUACUCGGAUUCGGAGGACGAGGACCGGCCGCGGCGCGACCUGCCGGACUGGGCGAAGAGCCCGGACAUCGCGGCCGCGCUGCGGCAGCAGAGCACGAUGAACCCGGACGACAUCUUCGGGGCCGUCGCGCCGCUGCGGAUGGAGGACAUCUUCAAGACGCGGCACAGCCGGUUCCGCGCGCGGACGAGCUCCGCGAACUGGGCGGGCCCGGACGAGCUCACCGCGGCGGAGGAGCGCGAGUACGCGCGCCGGAUGGGCUUCAAAUAG